AUUAAACCGGAAAGCAAACUCUAAUAAAUCCCCCACCCCCGGAUCGACAAAGCUUCCCAUUCCUCCGCAUCGGCAGGCAGCAGCAAAACAACAGCCCAAUCGAGGGUCACUCCACACCACCACCACUCUCUUCCCCCAAUCCCCUCCUCCUCCCCGAAACCCUAGCUGGAAUGGAGCCCAAAUCCACCACCCCUCCGCCGCCGGGCCCCGUGCUGGGCGCGCCCGUCGGCUACCCGCCGGCCGCCGUCUACCCGGCCGCCCCGCCCCCCGGCUACCCGCACGCGCCGGCCCUCUACGCGCCCCAGCCGCCCCCCGCCGCCGUCGCCGCCGCGUCGCAGCAGACCGCCGCGCAGCAGCAGCAGCAGCUGCAGGUGUUCUGGGCGGAGCAGUACCGCGAGAUCGAGGCCACCACCGACUUCAAGAACCACAACCUGCCCCUCGCCCGCAUCAAGAAGAUCAUGAAGGCCGACGAGGACGUCCGCAUGAUCGCCGCCGAGGCGCCCGUCGUCUUCGCCCGGGCCUGCGAGAUGUUCAUCCUCGAGCUCACCCACCGCGGCUGGGCGCACGCCGAGGAGAACAAGCGCCGCACGCUGCAGAAGUCCGACAUCGCCGCCGCCAUCGCCCGCACCGAGGUCUUCGACUUCCUGGUGGACAUCGUGCCGCGGGACGAGGCCAAGGACGCCGAGGCGGCCGUCGCCGCCGGGAUGCCCCACCCCGCCGCCGGCAUGCCCGCCGCCGACAUGGGGUACUACUACGUCCCGCAGCAGUAACACCUGCAGUAUGUUACAGCGGAUUUAAGUUGCAUCUAAGAUUGUGCUGUUGAUUUAGUGCUCUCCUAUGUUUGUUUGUUCACCGCUGAAUAAUUUAAGAUGUUGCCAUUAUUUGAGGGGCCUCCUCUAUGUUACAAGUGAUUCGAUCCGAGAAGAACCCGGCUAGGUUCUUCUGAUCGAGGCAGGCCGUAUGAUGCUCAUGCAUGUCUAACUGAUAAGAUAAUUUAUGUUGUGCCAUUUCUCUGA